ACGUUGACAGAUAUGCAACGGCUGGUCGCAGUAGCUUGCAUAUUACGAAUGGCAUUUUCUAGUGUGGAUAGAAAAAUAUCGCGUGCUAGUUCAGUCCAUCGGAUUAGACGAAAUUUUCGAGGCGAUCCACCGAUUUUCGAAGAAAUGCGCGAUUUCGGUGCAAGUGCAACCCAUUUUGCGCAGUUUCCAUGACCCAGAUUACGAUGGGGAGUUCGCUCGCCUUUCGGAACAGCUGUUGGCCGCGCGAAGAUGUCGGCCGCGGGGAAACGCUUGGAUAUUUCGUGGACUGCGCGCGCCUCUUGGCGGCUUCGCCGCCACAAUUUUCAGGGCUGUAUCCACUCUCGACACGUUAGGCGCCUUUCAAUUCUUCAAUUUCAUCGAGACGCAAUGCAACAUUUCCCGAAGAAACUUCAUAAUAGGUUUCUUGUGUAAUUUAUCAAGAUGUUCGAACUUGAAAAGAAAGUAUUCGAACCGGAAGCCAAAGGAAUGAAAUUAUUAUGAAAACAUCUGAUUAGAAAAUAGUAGUGUUGUAUGGGAGAUUUUUGUACACAUCACGCUAUCUGGUCCCUAUGUUUUUUUUUUCACGUACUAUAUAAUUUAUAUAAAAUGCCUCACGCCUAUUAUCCCAAUUUAUACAAAAUUAUGUACACUUCGUUGGUUUGUGUUAAAUCGUCUUGUAUGGCGUAAUUAAAAUUCCAUAUGCUAUAAGAACUACAAUAGUGUUGCAGCAAAUAGAACAUACCCACAAAGUGCGAUGUUUUACGAUUGUUAACUUUUCGGUAAUUAUUAAUGUGACUUACGAAUAGUUCAUUAUCGUGCAGACAUACCCGAAUGAAACUUUGGCGGUAUGUUGUUCGAGACUAUUUGUGUGCUCUUUUUUCAAUGUAUUUAUAUCUAUAGAUAUUAGCUGUUUUGUAAGAAACACUUUUUAUCUGGAAUAUUAACAUACUACGCGUACAACACAUGAGUUAUUACGACAAUAUUUGUUUAAAAAUAUGUCGAUAAUGUAAGAGAUAAAAGAAGCACCAGCAAGAAGUGAAUUAAGUCUCGUGUUAACCAAAAUUUUGUGAAAGAAAAAACUAUUAGGGUUCGACUAGAAAGCGUGGUCAAACAGUGUUCGUAUAAAAAUACGAUUCUUAAACAACUCGUGUCCGUGUAAUAUUGUCAUGUUAUUACGUUGAGAGACAAUUUUUUGUAGCAAUUACAUUCCAAGUGAGCCCGGACGUACUAAAAGUACGUCGAAUACUUUUGUGUAAUAAUAGUGAAAAAUAUACUGAAGUGUAAUCGAUGCACGAUUAAUGAAAGUUCGACGAAAAGUCUCGUGAGUCUUGUAACACGUACGCUUUGCAGGAGGUACCCGAGUGGUUGGUAACAGAGACGCUUAGUGGAUGAAUACGGUCCUGCGCGAUCCCCUCCACCUUCCUCAUCCCGCUAUACGACCAGUCAGUUCCUUGUUUGCCAUACAAAAUCCAAUAGUUUGCCUUGUACCUCGAGAGUGCAAGUAUGCCUUUUGCAUUUGCCUUUUUUUUUAAAAAGUGCGGUAAUCCAUUGAAGUACUCGCGAAAAUGUGCAUUUUACUAAGUUUGUUUACUCAUACAACAAGAUUUCGAUGGUUUUGAAAGGGAGAUCCAAGAAAGCAUAGUGAGAAUUCCUGUUGAGACCAGACCGACCGGCCCGUUAAGGCUUCGUCGAUUUUUUGGUCGUGAAAAAACAACGGAGCCGAAGCUUUUAUGCAGAAAGUCAGUUAGACAACUGAAAAAAAGACCGAUACGACGAAAAAAAUAAUUGUGAAGAAGUGCGUAGAGUACUCGAGGUGACUCCUUUGUAAAAGGAGUACCGCAGGACGAAUAUUUUCACUGGAGCUCUCGGGAAAAUGUGUUAUGUAUUUACGUGGAAUAUUGCGUAACGUCGAGGGCCGGGAAGUGUUUGGAAACGUGCAACACUGACAAACCUCGCUUCGACGACUUCGCAGGACGGCCUGUACGCGUCCGUGCAGCUGGCUUUACCGGCUCUAUUUCGUCUCUCUGUCCCAGCGAAAUUCCGCUCGCGAGGCCUGAUACUGCGAUUGAAAUUUUCCGAAGAAAGAAAUAUCCAUCGACGCUCCUAUCUCCUCGUGGAAGAGAACAACUUUUCUCGCGAUCAACUACAUUUUACCUCGACCACUUGCUUCUGGACAACUUUUCUCGAAAUUCCCUGCUGCAAGAACGUUCAACUUCUUUUCAGAUGGAAAUUGCAUUUCCAAUGUGAUCUGCGAUGAAACGUGUUCGCGGGCUGGACGAGGUAGCAUCACCAGCAGCAGCAACAUUAAAGCACUCGUCAGUGAGUGCAGGAAGUGGCUUAGGUGGCGGAGGAGGUGGUUUAGAGUACCAUUCAAGCAGUGGAAUAGGCGUUGUUGUACCUGGCCAAGCAGUUCGAUCAGUUGCUUCGAAAGAAAUGCCGGGAAGCAUACAAUUCGGAACUGCCCAAGCUCAACAGCAAUACACUGGAGCAAUUGUAGUGCCGACUGCGGCUCCCUCCCCCAUUAAGGGAAGUGGAUCUGCAGGACUUGGUCCCACAUGUAGCAGUAGCAGUGUAAAUACUGGUGGAGGGUUGCAUAGUGGAAUAAGUAGUGACAAUAACCAUAGUAUGGGUUCCCAACAACCUGCACCAGGAACACAAAGUCAAGUUCAUACUCAGCAACAACCAACAAUAAGGCAUAAGGUCCAUACCAGCAAUGUAACACCAUUAGCUUCUACUCCACCAGGCACCAGUUUGGGUGGUGGAAGUGGAUCACAACAAUUUCAGAGAUUAAAGGUGGAAGAUGCAUUGUCUUAUUUGGAUCAAGUAAAGUACAAAUUUAGUGAUCAGCCACAGGUGUACAAUGACUUUUUAGACAUUAUGAAAGAGUUUAAAUCACAAAGUAUAGAUACACCAGGAGUUAUUACGCGAGUAAGUCGGUUAUUCCAAGGACAUCCAGAACUUAUUGUUGGUUUCAAUACGUUUCUUCCACCGGGGUACAAAAUAGAAGUACAAGCAAAUGAACGCGGAUACGCGUUUCAAGUAUCUGUUAGUAUGCCGAGUCCAACGGCGACACAUACGGCUACACUGUCGCAACAUCACUGUACAGUAAAUGUCGGAUCACCGCCUGUCGCCAGUCCUCCAACUCAACCCGCGAAAGCACCUCCAGUUUUGCAAAUAAUGCAUGGAUCUGGGAACAUCCAUCACUCUUUGCCAAACAAUAUUUCCAAUAACAGUUUGACGGUCCAUGCACCAUCACCACCACCGGUCCAGGCAUAUAAUAAUUCACACGUUACCGCAGCGCAAGCUCAAGCUGUGAGUCAGGCGUUAAGUCAAGCACAAGAUGGCAUACCACCUAGUGGACAGACUCAGCAGAGUCAACCGGUUGAAUUUAAUCACGCGAUUAAUUAUGUUAAUAAAAUUAAGAAUCGAUUUCAAGGUCAGCCAGACAAAUACAAAAGAUUUUUAGAAAUUUUGCACACUUAUCAAAAAGAGCAACGAAAUUUAAAAGAAUCUGGACACAUGGGUGGUACAAGUGGAUCUGGUGCAUCAGGGGGUGUAAAACACUUAACGGAAGCUGAAGUUUACAGUCAGGUUGCUAAGCUGUUCGAGAAUCAAGAAGAUUUACUCGCCGAGUUCGGACAAUUUUUACCGGAUGCUACUAAUCAACAGAGUUCACUGAGUAACAAGACUGCUACAGUUAACGAUCACACAACAAUCGUUAAGAAACCAUUGGGACCUAAAGCUCCUUACAAUAAUUCGGGAAAUAUUUCAAGAGAUCUUCGAGAGUCGAGUAGCACUGGUACAAUAGAACGGGAGAGUCGCGAUCAUAGAGAUCGAGAACGUGAACGAGAUAGAUCUGGUAUACGAGAUAUUAAUAGCGUGCAGAAAUUUAGCCACGGUACAGGACAAGUGAAAAGAAGUCCAUCCUUUUCGCCAUCGGUAACAGCGGGUAACUCUCAUCAUAUUCAGCAUGGUCCACCCCCUUUGAAAAAGCAUAAAGUGUCGUCUAUGCGCGAAUGUGUUACUAUAGCGGAAGCGGGAAAGUAUGGCAGCCUGAAUGACUAUGCCUUUUUCGAUAAGGUUCGAAAAGCAUUGAGAUCCCAAGAAGUAUACGAAAAUUUUCUCAGAUGUUUGGUACUUUUCAAUCAAGAAAUAGUAUCCAAAUCUGAGUUGGUUCAAUUGGUAACCCCAUUUCUCGGUCGUUUUCCCGAGCUUUUACGCUGGUUUAAAGAUUUUCUCGGUCAUUUACCUGAAUCUUCUAACACCAAUGCAACAAACACGGGGAGUAAUUUAAACGUCGAGGCGUUACCAAAUAAUGUCGUACGAAGUCAUCAAGAACGACCCCAAGGUGAUUUGGCAAUGGAAAUUGACUAUACAGCAUGCAAACGUCUGGGUGCAUCCUAUUGUGCUUUACCAAAGUCAUACGUUCAACCAAAGUGUACAGGCAGGACGCAGUUGUGUAAAGAGGUCCUUAAUGAUACAUGGGUUUCGUUUCCAACUUGGUCCGAAGAUAGUACAUUCGUAACAUCGAGGAAAACUCAAUACGAGGAAUUCAUUUAUCGUUGCGAAGAUGAACGAUUUGAAUUGGAUGGUGUGAUAGAAACAAACGCGUCAACGAUCAGAGUUCUUGAGGGUGUUCACAAGAAAAUGAGUAGAAUGAGUCAAGAAGAAAUUCAGAAAUUUAAGCUCGACGAUUGUCUCGGUGGUUGUUCUCCUACCAUUCAUCAAAGAGCCCUGAAGAGGAUAUACGGCGACAAGGCUGCCGACAUUAUAGACGGUCUUAAGAAAAAUCCUGUGGUAGCGGUGCCGGUUGUUCUUCGGCGGCUGAAGAGUAAAGAGGAAGAAUGGCGGGAGGCACAGAAAGGGUUCAAUAAGAUCUGGAGGGAGCAAAAUGAGAAAUACUAUUUGAAAUCCUUGGAUCAUCAGGGUAUCAACUUCAAGCAGAACGACGUAAAGGCUCUGCGAUCUAAAAGUUUAUUCAACGAGAUCGAAACGUUAUACGACGAGAGACACGAACAGGUGGACGAUGGUAACGGGGAUGGCCAAAAUAACAGCGGACCACACCUCAUAUUACCUUAUAAAGAUAAAUCUGUCCUGGACGAUGCAGCUAAUCUUCUUAUUCAUCACGUGAAACGUCAAACGGCUACCCACAAAGAAGACAAGCAACGAAUAAAGCUUUUAUUAAAGCAUUUUAUACCUGAUCUUUUCUUUCAUCCGCGCCAGGAAUUGAGCGACGAUGAAAGGGACGAAGACGAUGAGAAAGAGGAUUUGAAUGUAGCAGCGUGUAGUAAUUCUCAGACGGUAACAAUGAAUACCUCUUCUAUGGGUGGUGGUCUUCAAGCGAAUAGGAAUAAACCACCGGCUUCUCCGAUUUCGUCUUCCACCUCGAUUAAAACCGAGCCUGACGUCAAACUACCGAUCCAUGCCUUGUCGAACGAUCCGGAAGAAGCGUACUCGCUUUUUAUGGGCAGCAACAAUUGGUAUUUGUUCCUGAGGUUACAUCACAUUCUUUGCGAAAGAUUAACAAAGAUGUACGACAGGGCUGUCGCCCUCGCAGAAGAGGAAUCGCGGUAUAAACAGCAACGUAAAGAGAGCACGGCGGUUGCUUUAAGAUUAAAACCCAAAAAUGAACUUGAAAUCGAGAACUACUAUCCUGCAUUUCUUGACAUGGUCAAGAACGUCUUAGACGGUAAUAUGGAAAGCACUGCAUACGAGGAUACGUUACGAGAAAUGUUCGGUAUUCACGCGUAUAUUGCCUUUACGUUAGAUAAAGUCGUAACGUACGCAGUGAGACAAUUGCAACAUUUGGUUACGGAUCCUAUAUGUCAGCAGUGUAUGGAAUUAUUCCAACGAGAACUGCGUCAGCCAAAAGAGAGUAGUGGCGCGGGCGGUUUAUGUGCUACAGCUUAUAUGAGACUCGGUGCCGAAAUGUCUUAUCAACGAAAAGCUGAAAAAGCAAUGGCAGAUGAAAAUUGUUUCAAAAUAUACAUAUACAAGAAGGACUGUAAAAUGACAAUGGAAUUGUUGGAUACGGAGGGCGACGAGGCGGUGGACAACAGUUGUAGGGAAAGAGAAAGGGAAGGAGUAACAGUAUCUGAAAAAUGGUCUACGUAUGUUGAGAGGUUUUCUGCUCCAGCUGGUCAGACUAGUCCGAAAGACACCCCUACCUUAACAGACAAUGAGCCGACAACCAAUCAUCCUAUGGAUGGAAAUGGGUGGAGUUCUUUAGGCAGAAUCUUGGCAGGACGUAAGCCUGUAUUUCUUUACCGUAAUGUUAGACAAUGGAGGAAAAGGACCGCAAGAAUGAUGUCAGCAUCCAUGCCUAAUGCUAAUCAUCCCGAGAAAGGUGCAGAAUCAACAGACAAAGAAAAAUCAAUUGAUUCUGUAGACUCUCUCCUGAAACGGUCUCCUGGUUUAAGAUUAGCAGACUCUGGAGAUACAUCUGACAUAAUCAACUCUGAUGAAACACAGUGCAGAUUUAAUCCUAAUAAUUACCAAAUGUUGUAUGUUGCUAGUAAGGAAGCAUUCCUGUAUAAAAAGAAUUCGUUUAGCCGUGCCAGAGAGUGUCAUCCAACUGUGACGAAACAUCUGAACUCAAAGUUCCACCAGUGGCUAGCGUCGUGGGCAUCUAAAAAUGUUGCGGAUGUUCAACAUCGAUUAUGCCAGGACUGGUUAAUGGGUCGUUACGAAAAUCUGAUCCCUCAUAAGACACGGGUGAUUACGGAUAACGAUCAAACGAGAUCACCUUACCGACAAUACAAUCGUUAUCGAGUGGAACGUUUGCAACCCGAUCUAUUAACGGAAUCAUGUGUAUAAUCUUACGCCUCUUAUAAUUUCUUUACCAUUCUUUGAGAAUAUAUUGAUUACUACUUGAGAGCUCGUUUCGAUAAUCUCACAUUCAUGGAUACUUUCUGUUAAGAAUAAGUAGUUAGGAGGAAGAGAUAGAGUUAUCACGGGUCAGGACAAAAUUAAGACUAAUUCUUGUGGCAUGUUACUUGCACGAACUAUAAGAGGAAAACGUCUUAUUUUUGUCACCAAAGUUCAUCGCGAGCAAAGACACGAAGUGCAGAAGUGGUCGUUAAAAAAAAAAACACGAAGGUAUCGAGGACUAUAACGAAACGUCUGUACAUUAUAUGUACUUCACACCUUUUACCGCAUUCUCAAUUCGACAUAAGUUUGAUUCUUCAACUGUACAGGUAUGAAUAAUCUCGUGCAAAUGAAAAUAUCGCUGAUUUGUUAAAUUGCUGUCUGUUCAGCAAUUUUACGAAGUUCCUUUACUUCGAGAGACUAGAUUUAAAUGUUAAAAAGUUGGCAAAGAAAGACAAUGAAAAGGAGCGAUAUUUUCAAUUGUAUUGAGCAUAGGCUUGUGAUCAGGUAAUAUAAGAUAACGUUUCAUUUCUAAACUUAAUUACUUUUUCAAUACAAUUAGAUACAGGUUUUCCAGGUAACCUUUUACGAUAAGAGAGUAAAGUUAGAAUAAAACUUUUGAUACUGCAUGGAAUAUCUUAAACGUAUUAGAAUAAUCUAUCGUAAUUUAAUUGUCGUUUAUAAAUACAUCAGAGAUUCAACCAAUUUUAUUUUAUUAAGUAUUUUAUUUUUGUAGAUUUAAGCAAUCGUUCAAAUAUUGUUAAUAAUCAAAAGCUGUUUAAUAUUAGACUAUAAAAUUAAAUUAAAAAUUACAUUGAAGUCAAUUGGUUUUUUUUUUUCAAAUAAUAAAUUUUAGGAGUUCUUUUCAUUCCUGCGAGGAUAGAAUAGUUUUCGUACUUUUUUCCCGAUAAUUUUACAAAAACAGUUAUUCUGAAUGCUUUGUAUGCACAUAUGUAAAAUACUUCUAAUUCAAAGUUUUUUAUAACUUGCUCCUCUUAUUCUUUUCGUACAAACGAUACGAAUUCGACAUACAUAAGACAUGUAAUAAAUAUACAUGUUUGUAAAUAUGUAUAUGGAUCUAUGUAUGGAUAUGUAAGAUGCAUAUGUACGUGGAUAUGUAUACACAUACAUAUACAUGGAACGAAACAAACACUAGGCCUUAUUUUUUACCUGAUCUUUAGGCUACUCGAUAGAAAGUGUAAAAUAUAAUAAAUAUAGCGGUGUUCCUGUACAGUGCAAAGCUGUUAGUAAUCAGAGUGCGGUGUUUACACGAUUAAGAGAAAGGUAUUAAUUCACCACGCACGAGGUACAUGGCUUAUUGUUUUACAUUAUUCAUCAUUGUAUUAAAAAUGUAUCUUUUAUUCAUUUUUAUUUUGUACAUCGAUACAAAGGUCAUAUACGUACGAACAUAGAAAAAUUACAAAUUUUUGGUUUUUGAAAUUGUAUCACGGCAAUGGAAAUAGGAAAAUUACACGUUCGUGCGUGGUAAUGAAAGAAAAUAAUUCCUUUGUAACAUUCAGAUUGCGCCCAGUCAUACAAAAAAAAACAAUUAAUUUCGUUUAAGCGAAUUUAUUAAAACAUAUUGACGGAUUACGGUGUACGCAUAAACACGAUUGAAUUCAUUUUAAUUCUAAUUUUCUUGAAGCCUUGUCUGUCGUCUCUGUUUAUAAUUUUGAGAGUGAAAACACAAACACACCGUGCUCUUCAGUUAUGCAAUAUACUACAGUUGUACAUUAGAACUGUGUAUCUUAUCAAAAGUGAACAAAGAAAAAGAGAGAGACGCGGUCUUCCGAUACUCGACUACUUGUGACUAUUGAUAGUGUAUUUUAUCGAGAAAUUGCUAAUUUUAAAAGUGUAUGUCCAUGUAUCAAAAGUGAAUGUACAGGCAAUUUUAUUACUCAAGAUAAUAAUUUAAUGUUGAUAUAUUUUGCACAAACCAUUAUUAAUAUUAAUAAACAAUUAAUAUUAA